AUGUCUUGGAGAAAGUCCUACGAUUUUACUCCACGAGUGGCCGAAAAUGAAGUCGAUUCAUCUGACAGCGAUUCUGACCCGGGACCCGAAACGAUUAAAUUGUAUCAUCGAAGAAAAUCAACAGUGACUGCAGUUAAAGCGAGGGUAAGCGACCAUUGAUGUACCGUACAUGUUUUCUUAGAAUUAACCCACUAAAUAUACGCAUUUGUUCCCGUUAUAAGGUCAAGCCGCUACCGUGUUAUCUUUACCAAUACCUCGUGGUUUAUUUAUUUGGUCGGUUGAAACAGGUUCUCAACACCAGAAUUAUUAACUUCUAGUUUUUUUUCUGUUUACAAAACAUGCCAGUAUGGAGCCCACCAUCGUCGAUUGAGGGAAAACUUUGACUCAUACGUUUGGUUAUGCAUAUUUUCUUUAUGGAGUUGAUAGUUACUGGUACAUUUUAAAUUUGUUUUGUAUCGUCCUGUUGUGCGAUAGGGUACUUUGAUUCGGGGAAAAUAAUUUGAAGUCAUCGCUAGUGAAAUUUUAUAGCACGAGAUCGUGCCAGUUUUUAUUCCAAUCGGCAAGUCUUGGCUGCAUGGAGAUGUCACAUAGCUAUCGAAGAAACAUUUAACGAUUUUGAUUCUGUCUAAAUAUACAUGGAAUUCUACGGAAGUAAGGUUUUUUCUGUGUAUCUGAAUACAUGUCUGUGUGACAUCUUUCUUGCUUGAAAAAUGACUUCAGAACCAACUUUGACUGAUAGAAAAAGUUAAUAUAAAACUGUCACUUUUGUAUCGUAGAAAAGCUUACCAUGGACGUGAGGAUUUUCAAUCGUAACCGACUACUUGCAAUUUUAUCAAGCCAUUUUAAGAUUAAAAUGAAUAAGUUUUUCUCCGCCGUUGUUUUCUAGUCAAAACGUGUCGUUUAAUUUCUGGAUUGAGAGAAUUUUUGAUUAGCAAGCCGCUAACUGUCAUUUACGAUUGCACCUGUACGAGCCCGAGUCCUUUUUAAAAAUAUAGUUUAAAUAUGGGUCGCUCUUGUUGUGGUUUUUACGUCACGGCUGAAUGAAAGUAUAUAGAAUGGAAAAGUGUAAAGAGCUUUUCAAGAUCCGUGCUUUUGUGACCAGGCCGGGAAUCAGUCGGCGCUUUACAAUCUCUCGUCUCGUCUCAUCUUUGAUGCUUGUCUGUCAAACGGUCCUCGUUUAUUUGCUCUAGAAUCAUGAAACUGUUCAUAUUGCAAUAUUAAUAUUCAUUCCAGGAUUUGAAAAAAAUCGAGAUUUCUGGCCUAGUUUCGCUGAUGACAAUUAGUGCAGAACGUUUCAGAGUCCAAAUGGCGAGCUCUGCAUCGGUAAAGUUCCAAAUAAAAAAUUAUGUCCACUCAUUUUGAUGCUAAAUUCUUCUAAUUAAAAUGGAACUUUACAUUUUGGUUAGUCCCGGCGUAUUAAUCGAACUGUACUCGAAAUUUUCGAUUUUUUCAGAGUUCUAUAAAGGAGGGAUUUUUGCAGAAACAAACAGGUUCAUUUCAGGUGAGUAGAAUUUUUGUGCUAAAGUUUGUGUCCAGCCUUAAAACUAAUGCUAGCUAGCUUUGAUAAAAAAGGGCAAAUUUAUUCUUGAAAUUUUAAGUUGUUGUUUUUGUUUGCACAUGUAUAUCAAAGAAAGAUAAUGAGAAAUUUAAAUAUUACAUCUAGAAGGUUGCUCCCAGUGUUCAUUUAACUAUUUUGCGAGUGUAAAAUAUUGAUUUGCUCACAAAUAAGAACAGUGAAGGUUAAAAAUGCCCAGUCUUUUAAUAAAACAUAUUAUAAAACUAUGCAAACAUGUAAAAAUUGCAGUCUCUUUCUCUAACAUUUUUCUCCAGCUUUAGUUAAUUAUUUAUAUCAAUUUGCCAAAUUCAGAUUUCAAUCUCAAUCCUAGGCUGUCGAGUUCAGACACACAAUGAAACAUUCGCCUGCUAAACAAUUAAAUAUGUCAUCAUUGAGUUCUGCCCAUAUAACAGUGGAGUAUUUUAUCAUUAAACGGAGAGUGGAAUUAAACAUGAAGCAAGUUAAACUAGAGAGGAAAAACCGUGUUGUUUUCUAAGUCAGUGAACAAACCAUUGACUGAACAAACAAAGAGAGUGAAAAUUUUGAAGUUAAACAUUUUUUUAAGAGGCAAUGCAAAAUUAAUCAGAAGUGAAAUGAACUCAUUGAGUUCAGCAGACCAUUAAGCAUAAGAGUUUCUCAAACUCAGAAUGAAUUUUUUUUUAUUUUUAUCAAAUUUUCCUCACAAGAAUGAGCUUUCAGUUCGCAUAGAUAAUGCCUCAUUAAAACAUGCUUAGUGGUAAGUUAAGUAGCUUGCUAUGCUCUCAAGGUGUUCACUGACAAGUACAAACAAUUGCCAUAUGCAUAAUUACAAAGCUAGGAAAAAUAACAGAGAGAGAGAGAGAUGUAUUAGCUCCUUUUUGUUGUUGUUUUCUGGGCAGCUUGCUGUGCUAGAAAUUUUUCUCGCAAUUUCCUGUGACCACAAUUUUGUUUUUUUUUUUUGUUUGCCUGGAUCCUUCUCAGGAAUUUUCCGAUGGUCCUUGCCUCAGAUGGUUAAAAGUAAUUAACAAAGUUUUUUUUCUCUCCAUUUUUUUUAAGUAAAUGUUUACAUGUGUGUAAUUUUUACUGUACAUUCUUUUGUUAUUUAUAGUUGUUUGUGGCAAACUGUGUUAUGCUAAUGGACCUUGGUGGGGCUAUUGCCAACUUGUUCUCAAUGUUUACCAUUGCCACUCCUGUAAAUUGACAAUGUUUUGUCUCAAGGGAGUCUUGAUACCUAUUUUGCAGAUGUUUUUGUUUUUACCAUUGUAUCACUCACUAUUUUGUUUUGCAACACGAUUAACACUGUCAUAGAUUUCAUACUUCAGUGGUUGUCACAGAAGAUUACACCCUUUGUAAUAUAUAACCAUUCAUGUCGCACCUCAGUGGAAUCAUCAAUAUUAUAUCCAGUCCAAAUGCAUUCAGAAUCAGUCUUUGAGACUGUUACACAAUUAUGGAGUCCUUGAAGAAAAGUUUGUUAGAUACAGGAAAGUAAAUGUUCUCUCAAUGCUGUUCAGUAAUUAGUAGACUUAUCACAAAUUUAUGUAAGUUGUAGUUUGAAACUAUUUCAGUUUAAAAUGAAUUCAACCUAGUGAGAAUUGAAACCUGGAACAAAGAAAAAAAGCAAAUGAAAUUAAUUUCAAAUAAAUUUGAAUUGAAAUUCAUUUUAAACUACAGUGUAUACAGACAUACAAGAUUGUCGUUUAGGUUACCUUUGGAAGUGUUUCUUUUUUUUUUUUUAUCAGUCUUUUAGUUUCAGCACUAUUCAUGUCUGUAAUUCAGUUGAUUGUAAAUUCCUCCAUUUUUCUCUUCAUAAAUUUGAAGAACUUCUUCCUUCCAGCCCAGGGAUGGAUUUAAUAAUUAAAAAUGAUUUUCUCUUUCUCCUUUUAACCUUUUAACCCCCAAGAUCUCAUUAGUAAUUCUCCUUACUGUCUGCUAUAUAUUUCUUGUGAUGUUACUUCAGAGAAUUUAGUACUGGAUCAACUAUUAGUCCCUUAAUAUAUAUUGUUCUUUAUUCUCAUCACUUGUCUGCUUGAUAUUGUAUUGAUAUUGUAAGGAGAAAUUCUGUCUUAGUCACUUGUGGGAGUUAAAGGUUUAACCAAGGAUUAUAAGUUUACAGUUGUGCUUUCAUAAGAUUUGAAGUAGGAUACGUGACAAAAAAUACUUGUCUUAUAAUAUACUGCAACAAUAUCUUUUGUGAAACAAGAAAUAUAACUGUUGUAUUGUAAAUGAAGAAGUAGAUGUGGGUGUUAUAUUGAAUGGCAGUGUUCUCCAGAGAAGUGGUGUUUUCUCAGGGUCCAAUACAUUGUUUUUUUAAAUACGUGGAAUGUAUCUGGCUUUCUGCAUGUGACAUGAAGAUGUUGGGGAAAUUCCCCAUUCUUUAGUUACUUGCAUGCAACUGUACAUUGUCCUUGAUGAAAAAUCUGAUAUACUUGUCAUUGUUGGUUUUUGGUAGGAAUGAUCUUUGUCUGCCUUUCAUUCAAAUUUCAUGAACUUAGAAGGAAGUAGUAAUUUUAGACCAAUAUUUUCUUUGUAUGGACGUCAUAUCACUCGUGCAUUCUUUCUUCAGAGAUGGAAAAGGAGAUAUUUCAAACUGAGAGAGGGAAACAAGCUAUACUAUGCCAAAUCCAGUGAUGUAAGUAGAAUCAUUCAGUUCUGUAGAGGAGACUUUAGGGCAGCUAGGGAGUUAUUAUUCCAUUGUAUGGUGGUUUUGUUUCUCAUCUUUGCAAUAUAUCCUACGGCUUUAUAUGAGCAUCUUAGUGACCACGUGAAGGGUGUGUGAUAGAAGAAAACAUCAAAAAUGAAAGCAAUCAUAGAAAAAAUUUUAUGCCCUUAAGUUUUUCACUGAAAAAGUGUUGCUUUGUAUUUUUGUCCAGUUGAUCUACUGCACAGCAUAAUUCCAUUGCAUGUUCUGCGUGUUCCAUUGCUCUGAUAUGGUAGAAUGGCAUGAUAUAAAAUAAAUGAUAUAUUGACGUUAUGCUAGAAAGGAUAUUUACUGUAAGCUUUUAUCAUUUUUUUUAGGAAACACUAUUCACUGAAAUAGAUCUACAGGACUUCAGUGUAGCUGAAUCAAGCAUUCAAAACAACAACAACUGUUUUAAAGUUAGUGAAAUUUUGAAAUUUAAUAUAUUUUGAUUAAUUGAAUCAGUUAGAUUGUUGGUUGUUGGCAAAAGUGGGAGCUAUUCCCAUGAAUCCAUAGGUUAUAUUCGUCUUAAUCAAAAAAUGAGAAUAGCCCAUAAAUUAGCUUUGGGUUCCUAAAAUGCAGUAUUUUUCAAGAAUGUGCUUUCAGAUUAUUCAAGUUUUCAUUUUUAAAAUCAAAAGUCAUGUACUGAAACACUGAUAAAAUGAAAAUGAAAGUAUUGCUAUUGAACCGAAAAGGUUAAAAUUGAAACAGAUUUAUCACUUGUUGGCAAAUUUCUAAGAAACAGUAAGAGUUAUUUUUUUCCAAAAUUCUGUAACAAUUACACAAUGUUAUGUUAAAGUUUUUCCUACAUGGUGUUCAGCGGUUUCAUUUUCCUGCAGGUCAUCACACCAUUUCAAAGUAUUAAUCUUAGUGCUGAUUCCAGAAAGGAAAUGGAAGAAUGGAUAGGCUGUUUAAAGUCUGUUGGAUCUCAUACCUCUUCUGUAAGUAUCUAAGUCAAUUGAUCUUUUCUUUAACAACACUGUGAAUUACACUGAAGUCGUCUCCUCUUUUGAAGAAAUCUUUUGUCAUGGAAACAAAAGCGUCUAAACCCACAGUUAUUAGUUAUUGAUCAUGUUUGUAGAAUAAUUAUACCUAAACAAAGCAUCUAUCUGUGCGGCUCCAUUUCACCAUUCCUUUUAUACCAGUUUUCCCAAUGAGUACUACAGUGUAGUUAUUAGUUUGCAGCUGUAAACAGGCCAUAAAUGAUCAACUGUAAGCAUGUUUAAGUGUUGUGUUGGGAGGUGAUCUUAACUGAUACAUUUAUAUUUUUUGGUAUUUUGGUUUUUAAUGAAAUAUAGAAGCUUGAUGGUGAUUAAUAAAUAGAGAAGCCUUGACUGUGCUCUGUUUUGUUGUAAAGCAGGCAGGAAGCUCCUUGUUUGUACCCUGAUAGGGUAUGCUUUUUCAACCAGUGAUGCCAAGCUUGUAUCCAAACUUUAUUCUAAAUCAAUUUAUGUUUUAUUUUUUCAAUCCACUGCACACAACACUAUAAUUUUUAAUGUUGUGGUUUCAGGUUUCUUUACCUUGGUUCUUGUUGUAGUAAUACUGACAAUACUUUGAGACAGAGUACAAACUGACUUUUGUAUUCCAACUGUGGCUUGAUCUGUGUACCUUAUCUGAUGUUUACCUUCAUUUUUUUUUUUUAAUUACUACCUGUCUUGUUUGUUCUGGCCAAUGAUUUAUUGCAGAAGUAUCUUGUGCACUUUUUAAUUAUUAACUCACUUUAGCCAAUUGGAGUUUGCCUACAGAAUGCAUCUUUAGUCAAUGAGAAGUUUACUUCUCUUAGACAAAAUUGAAAAUUUUUUAUUUCUUUAAAUAUUAUGUCUAUCUGGAUUCCUUAAUGAGGCUUCUGUAUUUUUCUCUUAUUGCAGCAAUCAGAUUUGUUGGACAGAUUAUCUGGGGCUCACAAUUGGUAUUCAUGUUCUCAUGCAAAAGCUACAUUCUGUAAUGUUUGUCGUGAUGUAUUGUCUGGUGUUACAUCAAAGGGAUUGUCAUGUGAAGGUGUGUAACUUGAGAUAUAAAGUACUAGCACUGUCAUUUUCAUCUCCUGGGUGAUAAUGGCAUCCACAAAGUACAAAUGCAGGAGGAAGUUGUAUUUUUAUCUUGAUUGUCUUUAACCCUUAAACUCUAAAGAUCCAGUUGUUAAUUCUCCCCUCUAGCUGCUAAACAUUUUGUAGUAAAUUGUUUGCAAGAAUUUGUUUUAGAUGAAGUUUAACAAGGUUGAGUAUUUUCUUUACCUGUGUGCUGGAUAAUGAAUGAAUAUUAUAGGGAGGAAAAAGGUUAAAUCACUUUUGGAAGUUAAAUGGUUCUGGGUAUUUGACGAGCCAGUGAGAAAUCAUUAACUUGUUAAUGAUAGUUGUUUGCCCCCUUAAGAGAUACAGAUAGGCAAGUAAAAUUUUUCUUGUCAGUCAUUAGGGAAAUUAAGCAGAGAGAAUUUACAAUUAUAGCAAGUGGAGGUUUUGAGUUUUUUUCUUCUGAAAAAUGAUAAGCAUCAUUGACAUUAUAAAAAGCAAUAAGCACAGGAAGUACAGAGACCUAUCCCAUUUCCAUUUUUAUUAGCCUCUCAAAAAUGUCUCUGCUUAACCCUUUGAUUCCCUAAGAGUGACAAGCAUCUAAUCUUGCCUAAUACCAUAUCUCCCCAAAAUCUCAGGUUAAGGUCAUGAGAAUAAAGGAAAUGAUCACCAACUAGAGAAGCUCUUGAUUGUGAAACAAAUUCUCCUUCUCAGUACAUUAGGAGAUAUAUAUAAGGCAGUUGGGAGAAUGUGCAUACUUAUGUUAGUGUGUAAAUGGUUGAGUAUCCUAAUCAAUGACCUAAAGUGGAGGAGUUAGCUUUGACUUGUAAAUGUGCAGUGAUUAAAGUUAAAUUUUUGGCUUUGAAAUAUUUCAAUAAGGCAUUCAAACUUGUCUGUAUUUACAUCCUUUGUAAAGAUGUUCCAUGUUGUUGUUAGAUUUGGCAUGGAUAACUGGAAAUAGGUCACUAAAUCAUUUUUCAUUAAUUUUUUUAUUUCUUAGUUUGUAGAUUCAAAGUUCAUCGAAGAUGUGCUGUACGAGCAAGAAAUAACUGUAAAUGGACAACCGUACAGUCACUUAGAGGAGAAGAAUGUAAAUUUGAUGAAUCUGACCCUGUAAGUUAAAUUCAAUGAUAGGAAAAGCUAACCAAAGCAUACAAAAGCAAAUUGUCUUACAAAGGAUUUUACGUAAGAGCAAGCUUACCAGUACAGCAUCCAAUUUUUCUUAAAAAAACAUGAGUCAUCUUUGAAUUGAUCUCUGUAUGAGUAUUUGAUAAAUAAAUGUAACUACAUGUAGGCUAAAACAGGGUAUGAUAAUUUUUUUUAAAAAACUUGAUUUUAUGUAAAAUUUCGUAGUCAAUUGUAAUGCAUUAUGUAACUACUGUAUACAACACUGUAUACUUCAGGAAAUUGACCAUUUUCAUUUUUAUCAUCUAUGGGUUUUUUGUAUGUGCAGUUCUUUAUGCCUUUUGGCAGGUGAAUGAAAUGUUAUUUUUUUUUUGCCAUAUAAUAUUAUCAGUGCUUUAAUUUGAUCAUCUGUUUUAUUGAUGUGGGUCGGUUAUUGUUUAAAAAAUUGGUUCAUUUUCUCAUAUAUAGAUAAAAACAAGUUGUAGUUGAUUUGGACCUUAAAUCUGUCAUCUUUAACUUUUAUUAUUAUUCCAGCUUUCAGUGCCUCAUCAGUGGCUUGAAGGAAACCUUCCUCCCUCUGCUAAGUGUGGAGUGUGUGAUGAAAUAUGUGGCAGUAAGAGAAGGCUUCAGGGAUAUAGAUGCCUUUGGUGUAAUUUAAUGGUGGGCUGCUACACUUGCUUUUAAUUAAAUGCUUUGUAUAUCAUUUAAAGGGGUAAGUUUCUGAGAUACUGUGGUGCUGCGUCAGUGGAGGGUAUUACAGGAUAGCGUGGUUGUAUCAACCAAGUUGAUAAAUUAAUGUUAGGUGGCUAUUGUAAAGAGUUUCUAAGGCUGAUAUUUUGAGUGUUGGUCCUUUGUCAGAACAAAGUGCCAAUGCUUUGACAAAGGGCUAACACUUGAAACAUCUGUAUAGCCAUAGAAUUCUUACUGUGGCCAAUUAGCAGCAUCAGCUCAGUUGUAUAUCAAAUGGGGAACAAAUGGGAUGGUUUGGAAACCAGUAAAGGGGCCCAAACAGUUUGCAGUGUCCCUACUAUUGAAUAAUUAAGUCAGUAAUGUUGGAAGGUAGGUGGCAUAAUGUUAUCAACACGAGAGGACUUCAGUCUCCCCAGGAGCACACAGGUCACUAUGGCAACUAAUCCUCACUGCAUACAUCAAAGCAUCUGUCUACACAAGAUUGAUGAAUGGGUGUGUGGAAUGAGUACUCACCUUGAGUGGGGAAAGGAAGAAGGAAAUAUGUAACUAAUUUGAGCAAAAACACAUUGCAACACACCUGUAGGCCUCCCUGUAUACCCCUGUACUGUUAGUUUGCCAUUGAUGCCAUUUCACUCCCAAGACCUCAUCAGUAAUUCUCCUUACUGUCUGCCAGCAAUUUUUAUGACGUUCAGAGAAUUUGGUAUUGGAUCUACUAAAAUUCCUAAGUGACACUUUGUUUUUCUCAUGAAGUGCCUGCUUGAUAUUGUAAGGAGAAAUUCUGUCUUGGUCACUCAUGGUAGUUUAAGGGUUAAAUGAACUUGAAAGUGAUGGUUUUGCUUUUCAGGUUCACCAGUGCUGUCGAUCUCAAUCACCACAAUGUUCUUUUGGUGAAAAUGCUUUGUUCACCUUACCUCCUUCGUCUGUUCUAAGUUCAUCUGGCUCCCUUGUAUGGAAUGUAAGUGAAAUAUUUACCUUCAGACUUCAAUAUUAUUUUAGCUUACUUCUCACAUUUAUGUUUCCUUACUCAGUAAUGGGAUUAUUUUUGUAGUAUUAUUUGAUAAAUUGGUUGAUUACCAUUAGCCUUGUGUGGGAUAAUGUUUUUAUUGUGUAAAGGAAUGUUUCAUCUUAAUUGCUUGACCAUUAGUUAAAGAGAUUCAAGAGUCCAAACUCUUUUCAAGCUACUUUGUACUCAUAGCAGCAUGUGGCAGUUCUUUUUUUUUUUUUUUCAUGUCAAGGAAAAGAUGACCCUCUUUCCUAAUUUAUUGUUUUUGUUGUCAUUACUGUUAUGCUCUCAUCAUUGUUAAUGAUAAUCAUCACCUUUGUUAUUCUUUAUGUCUUUGCCUUUAUUACUAUAAUUUUCAUUUUUUUUCACUGUUAUAACUUUUAUAAAUUGCUACUUUUCAUUUGAAUUCCUAGUCUGUUAAACCUUCUGGGUGUCUUCCGAUGCUUGUCUUUGUUAAUUCAAAAAGUGGUGAUAAUCAGGUUCGUAAUUGUUUUUACAUUGGGCCAUGCUAUAAAAUAUCCACUUAAUUUCGUAUUUCCUGUUGUCUGAUGUACAUAUUGAUGACAUUUAAGAAUCUCCAUUGGUUGCAGGCAGGUUGCUCCUGUAGGGAGUCUUACACUGUUUACUGUUGCACUGGCUUUUUCCACACCAGGGUCUAUUAUUAUUAUUAUUGCAAAUUAUCAGUUAUUUCUGUGGGUUGAAAUGCAAUAUAGGACUCUCCCUCCUUAUUUAUGUCACUCUUCAAUACAGAUGUUCCUUUUUUACGCAAACUAAUAUACUCCGUCAACACCAAUGUUGCUGUUUUCAGAUGAUAACAAAUCCAUCUUACAAGUAAUAAAAUCCCUUGCCUAUUGAUCUUAACCAUAUUCGUGUUUAUUUAUUAAUUUUGAUAAUUUUUUUUUUCUUUUUAGGGUGUAAAGUUUAUUAGAAGAUUUAAACAGUUAUUAAAUCCACUUCAAGUGUUUGAUCUUGCUCUUGGAGGCCCCUCCAAAGGGUAAGUGAUACGUUCAAUGAAGCAAAGUUUUAAAUGUGUGUGAGAGAAGUCAAGUAUGUGUGAGAGACAGCCAUGUGGUUAGGGCAUAGGACUUCAGAUCGAAAAACUGUAAGUUCAAGCUCUGGUUGGUGUCACUGUGUAAUUUUCUUGUACAUGUGCAAGACACUUUUUAUUCUCACAGGGGUGUCACUUUAACCAGGAGUGUGGCAAAGUGUUCGAGAAAUUAGAUUAAUUGUUGACGGAUAACCUACCGUGAGGUAGCAUCCCGUUUCAGAGGAAUCAAAAUACUCCUUCUUGCGCCUGCUUCAAGCCAGGGCAAGUUGUAUCAGUUACCUGCAAGGCGAUUUUUUAUGUAAAAGUUGUGUGAACAAAAAUUUACACUUCCAUGCAAUUUCUUUAUUGUCAGAUUGAAGUUGUUCCAAAAUUUUGACCAUUUUCGAAUACUGGUGUGCGGAGGUGACGGCUCUGUUGGGUGGGUGAUGAAUGAAGUCGACCGGAUGAAUCUCUCAACUCAGGUAGGAAUUUUCUUUAUUCUCGCCAUCUCUUUUCUUGAUAAUGCGUCGACAUUGUAAGGAGGCGUAGCGUAUUUAAUAUCACCUCGGAAGGUUUGAUGUCAAAUCUAAAACCGGCCAAUCAUCAAUACAAAUUCUCUGCAAUUGUCUAGAUAGAUGAUUCGCAUUUUAAAUUUGUUUUCACUAAGAAAGCAAAGGAUAUCCUUUCAUUGAUGCAUUCUCUCGUUCACAGUGUCAACUUGGUGUUUUACCGCUGGGUACUGGAAAUGAUUUGUCGAGGGUUCUUGGCUGGGGAACCUCGUUUGAUGACGACACUGCGGUAACGCAGUUUCUGCGCCAUUUGGAAAGGGCCAAAGCAGCAGUACUUGAUAGGUGAGUGAAAAAAAAAAUGUGCUUGAUCUGUUGCCAGGGUUAAUUAAAUUUUUUAGCAGGACUGCCUCAAGUUUUACCAAAGGGACCCUCCUCCGUGGCUUACAGGAGGGAUUUCCCUUGAUUGUCGUAAAACUAAAACCAAGUCCAAUCGGAUAAAGGAAAUACUGAAUAUCUUUAGGAAUUCAACGAGAACCAGUGAAUUUGCGUUAACUGCUGCAGUCACGGGAAAUGCAAGUAACCAAGUCGCGAUUGGUUUUACUUUUGCAUUCGUUUGGUUGGGACAUUUAUGCAUUUUUUCUCGAACAAAGCACGACCUCUACAAUCCCAGAUUGCUUUCUGAUUCAACGCUGAUUUGAAAUUUUUUUGAAGCUUUCACUUAAUAACCAGCAGCUGGUGAGUACAAUUACUCGCAUCAAAAUGAAAUGGAUGUCUAUACUUUUAUCUUUACAGAUGGAGUAUAAUGGUUGAAGAGAAACCCUUAUCCGCGUCUAGAAGUUCAUCGAUAGAAACAUUAGAUAUACCUGUAAGUCUUUGAUUUAGUUUACAAAGCUGUAUGCAAAGGGGAAGGCGUGUGUGAUGCCAUUUUGUUGAAUCAUAACUUUGGAUGAGACAGCGACGAAAUUUUACAGAUUUAGUAAUUCUCCCUAAAGCUUCGGUACAUUUCCUGGCUUCUCACCUAAGAUAAUGUAGUGUUGUAUUAAGAUUAUAGCCUGUAGCUGAAAAGUUUGUGUAUUCUCAUCACCCGCUUGCUGGAUAAUGUUUUAUUUCAUAAGGAGAAGUCACAUGAAAACUAUCACCUCCCAGAAUGAUAAAUAGAGUGACAGUUUUCUUCUCUUCCGUUUUUUAGUACAAACAUGAUGUCGACAUCAUCGACACGUUCGAGAACAACGUGGCAACACACUUAACAAGAAUACUACAUUCCAGCGAUCACUCUGUGGUCAUCUCUUCUGCAAGGUAGAAAUGUUUUGUGAACGUGUUAAGCUUCAUGGUUGUACAAUCUGUAAUUUUCCCCCAAACCUUUGGAACAAAUCCAAGAAAGUCAGUAAAUAGCGACUAAAGCAAAAAGUGCUGUUCGUAAGCCGGUGUAAACUACUCUGCGUUGACUUCACCGAGGUGCACUUCAGGGUCUGAUUAAUUACCUGUGAAAAAAAGUAGUUAAUUUUACUCUCUGGACUGCCUAGAAAACCUUUGGGAGUUCCUGGGUGGAAUAUAAAUGGUUUAGGAAUACAGAUGGCAAGAGAUCUGAAACUCAGGCUCUGGAGGUGCAAGCUAAUAAUUUUAUUCUAAAAUUACACGAUAUUUAAGUGUCUUGCCCAAGAACACGACCCAUCGGCCCAAACAGGGCUAGAGCCGAGACUUCUUCAAAUUCUCUAUGAAAGUAAAGAUAAAUUACUCGAAAAAGAAGAAUACGCAGUAAAAUCUACAUAUCAGUCUUAGUUGAUCACCAUGAUUGUUUCUGUAUUAGAGUGCUGUGCGAGACGGUGAAGGAUUUUGUGUCAAAAAUUGGAACAGCGUCAGCAAAUUCUGAUCCCUCUGAAGCAGACGAGCCCAACUCAUUGGCACAAAAGGUUGGUAAUCUUGAUUGACAUCGCGGUCUUCACUUCAAGUCAGCGGUUCUUUGCUUUAGUUUAAAACAAUAUUUCAUUAUCAUUCAAAUAUUUCAUUCAUGCUCUCUUCUGUGGAAGAGAGCAUGAUAGCACCCUAUAGCACCCGUCACACUGAAGCCAGAAGCCCAGUGGAAGUAAAAUGCAAAAACCCCUGAAACAAGAUCAUUUCCUUUUCCUUUUUCUAAUGAGUUAAAUAAUUGAUUCAGCAUUUCGAAUGUAAGGAUAAAUUAGAUUGUGGUCACUCUUGUAGUUUUGAAAGGUCAAGGGACACUCUCAAGAGUGAUAGUGUUGGGUGUUGAAAAGAUUCUCUUUUCUCCAUGUCUCAACUGGACAGUCAACAUUGCUGAAGGCUUGUUGUCUUGAAUUUAGAAGGACCACUGGCACUCAUUUCCCGGCCGAUUUAUUUAUUCUUUUUUCUAUUUGCCUUUAAGUGCACGAUACUCAAUGAAAAGUUAAACCUUCUCCUCAACACACUGAGUAUAGAGUCAGAGGCCCUACCCUCCUCCUCAAGGGAGGAAUUGUCAUCAGAGGGCGCAGGGAUGGCUGGGAAUGGAAACGGAAGACAGAAAGUAUUCGUACCCAAGGAAGCUCUGAUGUCGAGAGCGAACAGCUUAAAAAAAGCUCUCAAACAAAUUAUAGAGCACGCAGAACAAGGUAUGAGUAAGUCACGAUAACAGAUAGCAGUGACAUCCUUUCAAUAGGACCAUCACCACGCAAUGAAAAUGAAGUCGUAGUGUGGCCAGUUUUUCUCUGAAGUUUGAAAUAAAUGCGGGUUUACAUUACUGUUAAUAUAUUUUGGUCACCCUCCGAUUGGUCUAAAAUUGUCACGCAACCUCUUCCUCAAACUAAUUGCAUGCGAAGCUCAUCGCAACUUAAUUAUCCUGGCUCUUCGGGCGUUCGUGGGCUCCCUGUGAUUUUACUCUUCGUUCGUUGUGGAUAUUUGGUGGUUAUUGUACGAAAGCCAUUCGAGACGCGCGCUAACAGGGUGAUAACAUUAACAACGUUGCAAGCUAAGAAAUAAGUGGACUUUUGAAUCGUUCGGUGGACAAAUAUGUGGUUUGGCUCUUUUUCUUAAGAUCUUUGCAUUAAAACGAUCAUCAUAUUUCAUCCUAGCUGUGGACGAGCAGAAUGCACAGACCAGAGCGUCGACAAGCUCCCUAGCGGAGGCCAUUGUAACUGUGGCCGCGUCGGCAGCCGGGGGAGUGGUGACCACUUCUACAGCUACCAUGGAAGAAGGAUCGGAACUUGUGCGAGGUUUGUUUAAUAAAAUGACGACAAUAACAAAAAGGGGCCCCGCUUGAAAUGAAUUACAGAUAUGAUAAAGUAGUCUACAUAGUGACAUGCAGUUGCGUUACGAUGAUUCAAUACGCCAAACUCAUGAUCUCAAAUCAUCAAUGCCAUCCGGCACAGAGAAAGAUACUUAUUUCACCUUGCACAAACGGCUUAAAAACGUGGACUAAAAGAAAACUGCUCUAGUCUUUGGUAAAUGGUUGUCUGAUAUUCUGCUUGUUGUCGUUUCAGAUAACGAAGGGAACAUCCUGGCCACCGGAGGAGAUCCCUCGGGGGAUGUAUUUACCCGGGAGUCUGGUCCGAGUUCCCAGGACAAUAGACUUAUCGAAGCUGACCCCAGUCCUUCCACCUGGGUUUCCUCUGAGCAACGCAAGUCUCCGAUAUCUCGUUGCAUCAGCCGGGGUAGCGCGCAUCCGUUCAGUUUUGAGUCACCAUUUGAAGAAAAGCUUUUCGCAGCAGGUGGCAAACCAACGGUCCACAUUGGUGGUUGUAUGAUCUCCAGAGCAUUCCUCAAGGAGAAACCCAGUGAAGGAUUAAUGGGAGCGAUUGGUCGAGCAUUGCUAGCCAAUGCAGAUGCACUGUGUGCCGCAGCCACGCCUAUGAUGAACAAUGUGUUUGAUGUGUAAGUUGACACUGUUGCCAGUUUGCAUUUGUCGGGACUGGCCUGUCGCACUUUACUGUCCUAUUCACAAUUGGAACUGUCCUGCUCAUAGACCUGACAUAGCCGAUAGCGGCGGAACUGACCUUGUUCUUCGAGUAGAAUUGCACGGGUUUGUUUUCACACUUCCGCGUGGACAACAAGCAAAAUGCGCAGGCGAUAGAGAGGAGAUUAUCUUUCGUGCUCGCUCUGCUCCGUUGUAGUCUUGAAUGUUCCAUGCCUGACCGGAAUUUGUUAUGUUCGCUGGAGGCCUGUGUACCUCUUAGUCUGAAUUUUAAACUUUUCAGGAGUAGAUGAGUCAAAAUCUCUAAUAGUUAUAUUAAAAAAUUAUAUAAUAUUUCAGUGUAAAAAGUGCUUAUUUAUUGGCUAAUUCUUCGCUGCUUUAUAGUGAGGGAUAUACGGAGAAAUGUGUAAUGAACAACUACUUUGGAAUUGGACUGGACGCUAAGAUUGCACUGGAUUUUCACACCAGAAGAGAGGAGCAUCCCGAAAAAUUCAGGUUGGCAAUCGCUCGGAGUUUUAACCUUGCUGGUCUUUCAACUCACGACAAGUUUGUGCUCAACUUAGAGAGGUGGUGACUCAUUCUUUUUAGUGUCUAUUUCAAAUCUUUUUGUCUCAUUUAUUUUUCUGUCGUAGGCACCGAGCGUUAAAUUUACUAUACUAUGGCUUGUUGGGGGGAAGAGAGCUCUUGCAGAGAACACACAAGAACUUAGAUCAAAGGGUGAGACUUGAGGUAAGAAGAAAGCUUUUUCAAUUCACGAUGUGCAGCAAUUUUAUGUUGUCAUAUUCCCUCAGAUUUUCUUGGUUGGUUGAGGAGUGAUAAGUAAAGCAGUGCUCUGCUUUUUAAUUUCCUGUGUGACACUGACUUAGCUGCCGUGCGAUUUAAGAGCGAUUUGAAUUUGGAAAUCGUAUGAACAAUGAAAUUUUGAAGCUUUGAUGAUUAGGGCUCCCAUAACAGUCCUUACUUAAUGAAGAUACCUCUUCCAACACUUUUCUUGUUAGAAUUCGAGAUCGCUUCUUCUUCUUCUCCUCCUGACCAGUAUUCAGUGAGAGCAAUUUUCAAAUGAGUGUCGAAAGUAAUCCGAGACAGCAUUGGUUGUCCUUUUCUUUGCUCUGUGAUUGGGUUAGGAAACUCGCGUCACACUCUCAACCAAUCAGAUGCAAAACUAAAACCAAUCCCGAUUUGGUCGCCCGCGUUUUCCCGCGCUUUAGGCUGAUUGGUUGUUCGUACUUUGAGUUCUCAUUGGGUCUUAGAGUUAUUUUCCUUUCUUUUGAUUGGCUGUUGCGAUUUAUUGGUUUUUUUAUACGACACUCAAUCGAAAAGCGUUCGUUACUGAUGACCUGUUUUUUUACUUUUAUACUCAGUGCGACGGACACAAAAUCAAUCUUCCAAGUCUUCAAGGAAUUGUGGUGUUAAAUAUAACAAGGUACGGGUUCAGAACCUUUCAUUCAACAAAAGCGAAAAGCUUGGUGAGAUUUAUCUUGAUUCCAGUGGAGUUUAGAGGGAAUGGAGAGUUGUUACCACAAAAUACGUAACUCAAGUCAAAAACACUCCACAAGUAAGAUUCUUGCGGUUAAAAGCCUCUUGCGAAAGGUACUCUAAAUGAUUUUUAUCAAGCUCUUUCAAAAUGGAAAUAUUUUUCUCGGCUAUUUGUGCAUUUAUCUAUCUAACCAUGUAAUUUGUUUUUCAUUUCAAUGAUUCCAAUUCUAAAAUUUCAAUCAUUGUAGAAUUACCAUAAAGUUUUCAGUGUCCUAAUUCCUUUAAUUUCUUCUUGGUAUCAGAAUUAGAUGCUUUGGAAGGAAAAAUUCAACUCGAAAUCAAGGCCUUUCGAAUUUUUUUCUAUGUGACAUAAGGGAAAUCCAUUAAUCCCUCCCCCCCCCUUCUCCUUCCGGCGGCAAAUAACGACCGAUUUCGUAGAAUAACUUUUGCACUACUAGUUAUUCAAGUUUAACCUGUUUUUCUUCUUUCUCUAUAGUUACAUGGGUGGUGCGAACUUCUGGGGAACAGGGAGAGAUGAUGUAAGUGCUUAUUCUUUUCCUCAUUGGAUAUUUGGACAAAAUUCAACCUCUUUUCUUUUAUACCUUAACACGAGUACUGCUGUUAAAUGUUUCAGGGUUUUAACGAGCCUUCUGUUGACGACAACAUCCUUGAAGUUGUGGCAGUUCUUGGUGCACACCAGAUGGUAUGGUUAUACAGAUACCUGAUAUCAGAUUCGUUAGUCUAUGUGGUUCUCUUAAGUGCUUACGCUCGAUCAAGACAAUUUUUGUACUCGUGUUUGACCAUACUUAAUGUCAAUAGAGGUAAUUUUCAUUCUCUUUGUCGCAGGGAAUGUGUAAAGUUUUUGGAGGUAUGCCACAUCACCGGAUCGCACAGGUAAGUUUGUGUGAAAGGAUGAGCAAGCUCCUAAAACCAUGCAAUUUUUUGUUGUCGCUAUCAAAAAUACAUGGACUCGAGUUUCGAAAUUCCACAGAGUAACCCCGCCGCAACCUUUCGAAAAUUAUCUUCAACUAUGGAGGCCGGCAUUUUGACUUGAGAAUUCAUGGCUUUACUCAUGGACCCUGCUAAAUUUCCCCUUCAUUCCCUGAACUUCCUUCAUUUGUAAACCCCCUUACUCUUAAUGCUCGAUUUGCUUCCAGUGUCGGACUGUAAAAAUCUCCAUAUUUGGUGAAUCAGUGCCAGUUCAGGUGGACGGCGAGGCCUGGAUGCAACCUCCGGGAUAUAUCAAAAUCGUCCACAAAAACCGAGCACAGAUGUUGGUCAGAGACAGAGUAAGAUUUUUGGUUUCGUACUAAAGAGGUUAUUUCACCGCAUGUACAGCCGUAGGAGUAAAGCUUAAACCCUUUUCUCCCAGGAUCUGAUCGCUCAUACUCCUCCCCAUCCCCCUCUACACAUUUCCUGGCAAAUUAGUUACGAGAAUUUGAUUUUAAUAAGCACGAGUAAAUUUUUCAGCAAAUUGCACGAGCCCGUAGGGCAAGUGCAAUUCGUAGUCUUUGGUAAAUUUUAGAAGUGCUUAUUACACCAAAUUGCGAAAGAAAUCGUGUUAUAACUUGUUAAUAAUAUACAUUAAAAAACAUUACAGAUAGUCAAGACAGACGAAAUUUUUAAAGCGUGCUGGCGCUAUUUGUAAUUUGCACUCGCGUUACGUGGGAAUGCUCUCGUUUUCAGCCAAUCAGAAGUGUGUAAUUUUUCAUGUACAUCAUCAGAUCAGGAUAACUUCUACCUAAUAAGUUUAAUUACUCUCAUUACACGAAAACGAGGCAUGGGCAAGCUCACUUGCCCGUGCCUUGUUUUCACAUUGAGGCGUGUUGCAUAGAUUAGUUUGUUUUAUAUUUUAAAAAGGCGUCUAAAAGAAAAAUGCACUAAAUUUCAAUAAAACAGUUGUUUUUUUGAGGUUUCGUUCUCGAAUGAAAGGAUUGAUUUGAUGACAUUUGAAACUGUGUGUUUCAUUUUGCAGGAAUUCGAGUUAACAUUAAAAGAAUGGACAGAACUCCAAGCGGAGAAGAUUAGUCCCUGUGUAACGAAUGCUCAGGCAGAAGUGCUGACCUCCCUCGUUCAGUGUCUCAGUAUUUUUGUCAAUUGGUAAGGACACGGACGUGAUUUGAUCUCUAUGUUUCAUUUACAUCUCGCUUCGCAUCCCAAGGAUUUUCAUAGCAAAGCCUAUCGUACAAUCUUUUCUUUGGUUGGAAAAAGAUUGUCUUGAUCUCUUUCAAAAUACUUCCCCGUAUCCGAAAGUCUCUCUGCUAAAAAAAGGAAACCAGUGGGCGCGCAAGGGAGCAAUGGAAUGCAUUUGACAGAGAGGCUUUCUUGUUUCCAUGAUUCCCCGCCUCUCGCUCGUUAUCAGUCCCCGAGUGGAGUGUCUUCGAGGCGUUUUUGGAGGACUUAAAAUUUUUCAAAGUUCAUUUUUGACUACCCGAAAUGCUCCCUUCUCUUAAUCCUUUUCUCUUUCCCGGUGGGAUAUCAUUCUUGUCAUAUGCGACCUCCGUGCCAAGAUAGUUCGUGUGACCUGAGAGGUUAUUUAUCUAACUCAGGAGCCUUUUGGGAAGAAAAACAAAAACAAAAAACAGGAUUUGAGCCGUCCUUCGUUCCAUUUUUUUUCUUUUUUUAUGUCAGCGUGAAAACCAUGUGUGAACCGCAUGAAAAGGAUCUUCGAGAGUUAAUUACCUUGGCGGAAUCUUGUGCUAGCUCCUUAGAAAAACUCGUGCUGGAUGGCGGAAAAAUUCCCGAGGUGAGUUUACGAAUCUUUUUACGCAGAGCUUCGUAAGUGGUUGCAGUUGUUUUUAACAGACGCUGAGCUCUAUGAUAUUAUAUCAUAUUUUACCCAAAACAGGUUUAUUUGUUUUCCUUAUAAAGUUAGCAUUGUUUGCUGGCUCAAAAAACCUUAAUUCCUAACGGUAAGACUGUGUGGCCGGGGUACAAUUCAGGGUGUAAUCGAAUGAGUGAUUUCAAAUUGGCCGAGCGCGUAGCGUGAGGCAAGUUUGAAAUUACGAGUUUGGACUUGAAACAGCCAAUUAAGCCAAAAAUAGGGGCUGUUAGGAAUCACUUUAGUCGAGCAUCCUGUUAUUGACACAGUUCAAAUGUUUAAUUCGUUGCUUUUAAACCCAGGCCCCAAGUCGAGGUCGUAUUACAGAUCUUGUGACGACCGGGAGGGCAUUGGUUCAAUCGAUAACUUAUUUCCUCCAGUUCGAGUUUCCAGCUCUUGAACCAGUAAGUAUUUCUUUUUUGAUAAAUAUUUUAAUAUAAUCCGGGUAGAGUUCUGUCUAGUAACCGGGAGGACCGUUAUAAGGAGACAGUAUUUGGCUGGAAAUAAAUGCUUUUUUGGCGCCAAAGCGGUAAAGUCGUGCGGUAAAACAAACCAUUCUACAUUUUGUUAAUGACAUUUGACCAGUUCUCUUGGAUAGUCACACUCACCGAUUUUAUAUUGGGACUGAGUUGGUAGAACCCAGUUAUGAGUAACAUCAACAAUAUCAUACAGAAAUCUAUCUUUGAAGCUUUUUAAGUUUAAGGGUUUUCGUUCUCGCUCUUCUUGAAAGUUACGCUUUUUUAACCUUAAAUUUGAAAAGGAAGGAAAGAGGCGAGAAAUUUCCAGGAAAUAAAUGCUUUCCUGACUUACUUUGUGUGUAUUUAUUUCCUUUGUGGGAGACUGGGUGGGUUGGUCAUGAACGCGCUAGACUCCUGAGCGAGAGGUUUAGGUUCGAGCCCUCGUUGGGUCAUUAUGUGGUGUGAUCUUUGGCAAGGCUCUUGAGCGUUCACAGUGCCACACUGGAUACAGGAUAUCGUUGGCUAUUGUUGAACUUUGAGAGGACUCAUUCUUGCGAGGCAGGGGGUGACCUGGUGAAGGGUGAGCGGGUGGGGGCUGGGGGCUGGGGGUGGGGGUGGCCGCGUGGACUGGUUAGGGUGACCGGACGGGGGGCCCGUGGGACCUAAGAUCCCAUCCAGGAAGAGCACUCAUACUCCUUGUUACAGAAACGGAAGUAAAUUGCGCUAGUUAUAGGCCUUACGGCUUCACGAGAAUUAACUUUACUUGUUUCGUACCAACUUGCAGGCAAUGCCAUCAGAAAUUGAACGGAACUUGUUGUCUUCAAUUCAAACGGUGAAACCUCUCAUCAACAGGACAAUUGAGGCGUAUGGACUAACAAAUAUUGCUGACGACGAGGUUAGUGAUUCAUGUAAUUUCCCGCAGUUUGAUCGCGUUCCUUGAAGCCACAAAGUUGCAUUGGUAUUGUGACGUGUCAAAUAUUCAAGACAUCAAAUCGCCAAAUUUGUUUAUCCCAGUAACUCCGAGAGGUCAUUUAGAUGUAACCUCUCCCUAUGAUAUCUCUGAACUCUCUAGCAAACAGGUAUCGAGAAUUUAGGUUUCGCCAAAGUUAACAAGAGCUCGUGCUCAAGAAGAAAACUUUGUUCUUUCCCUCUUAAGGUUUGUUCGAAAAUGGCUCUAUAAUUAAAUUUCAGGUUGAUCGACAGUCGUCAAGCAGAGGGAGAAGCAAGUUUAGAUUUUCUGGACUGCUGAAGUCAAAGAAGCCGGAAAUGACUAAAGUCGGGUCAGCCCCAUCAGGUGUGUAGCAGCGUAGAAGUCAUUUUCUGUAAGGGACCGGUUAUGAAGUAAAGCAGAGGGGGGGCGGGAGACAGGGAGAUGGGCUGGGGGGAGAGGCAGGGAGAUGGGCUGGUUAAAAGAGAGAAGGGUGGGCGGCCACCAUUUUGUGCAUGAGAAAAGGUAAGGUAUAGAAAACAAGUCAUGCAGUACAGAGGGGGUGAGUCAUAUGUAAAACAUGCUUGAAUCUGAUCGUGCAAGAAGUGUAUUAUUGACAGUAUGAUAUUUACAACUUUGAAGAUGGACUUUUUUUGGUCAAGUUCCUGAAGGAAUAGAAAACACUACCUGAACACAUUACACCGAGAACUUUUUAAAGGGGGGGUUAUAGCUUUUUUUUAUGAGGAUUCUUCGGUGGGCUUCGUUUAGUUAUGCACUUACCAAGGGGUGGGCUACUGAUAAUAAUUUUAUUAUCGAUUUUUUCCCAGUCUGCCUUCCCCCCCCCUUCUGUACUUUAUGACCAGUCCCCAAACGAUAUCUAAAUCAGAGGGAAAGGUGAUAAUAACUACUAAAUUUUAUAGAGUAGUUUUUCUUGUACAUUCAGGCGCGUUGACAAAGAGUGAUCGCUGAGAAUGGGCAGGGAUAAAAGAGAGAAUGAUUAUUUCGCUCUCUUUGAUAUAAUCAUAGUUGCUUUACCGCUGAUUGUUUUCCAGGUCACAUGAUUUCAUAUUGGGGAGUUGAGGAGGUCGGGAACUGGUUGGAAAGCCUGGGACUGUCGGAAUACAAGGAAAACUUUGAAAGUCAUGACAUCCGGGGCAAUGAGCUGUUAAAUUUAACCAGAGGGGAUUUGAAGGUACUGGUACAUCAAGCACAUUACAUGAAAUGAUUUUGUAAUUGAGACCAUAUUUUCGCCAUUGGCUGUGCGAGAAAUUUCGAUCUUGAGUUCUGGUUGGAUUAUUGUGUUGUGUUACCCCCAGUGACGAGAAACAAUACUCCCUUUGUGUGCCUUUCUCCCUGUUGAACCGAAAUGAUUAUCGCUUACGAAUAGCGGGAAGACAUAGAAAAUACAAGGGAGGAGUGGGACGAUUGAUGAACUGGUUAGUGUCACAUUUAAAGGAAUAAGCCCCCAACAACAUCUCGUGACAAGAAUUGAGAUAGGCACCAGAUUUUGAAUAGUAACAGAUCUCCCAGUCUAUUUCACGUUCGUUCUUUGAGAUGGCACUGAACGGCGGAACGUUGCGCGAUAUCUCAAAGACUGCGAAGAAAACCACGGGUCUAGUUUAUUUGGCAAAACUAAUUAUAUUUCCUUCACCAGGAACUGGGUGUUACCAAAGUGGGGCACGUCAAGCGCAUUCUACACAGUGUAAAGGCUCUAUGCGGGGGGGUGUCUCCUAAGUCAGCGCAAAGGAUUGAACGGACAGCGAAAGCCGAGGAGAGGGCUGGACGGGGGAAGAGGACAAUUGAAAAGGAGGACAGCCAUUGAAAGAGGGCGAGAAGAGACUGGGGUGGAAAGAUACUUGAAAAUUUGAGCCUCUGUGAAGUAAGGUAAAAGAGUUCUAUUUAUUUCAGCCAUUUGACGAAGAAGCUCCAUCUUACGUUGUGGCUAAGUAACAUGAGAGAUCUUUGAAACAAGGUAUUUGUAAGAAGGCGUUAAGAGACUGCCUUUUUGGAGUGGAAAAAUCCUUGAAUAUUUGAGCUAUUGUGAAGUAAGGUGAAAGAGUUCUAUUUAUUUCAGACAUUUUGCGAAGAAGUUCUGUCGUACGUCGUAGCUAAGUAACUUGAAAGGUCUUUGAAACAAGGUAUUUGUAGAAAGUAAUUGGCCUUACUAGACACACAGUCCUCCAGAAAUGAUCACUUGAAAUCCUGUUUUAAUAGUCUGGCGAUGGAGGGAAUCAAAUCAAAUGACAUUAUAUUGCGUAUAUUAUUCCUGUUAGGAUAAUAACUACAACCAUAAGUUAUCUAUUGUAGCUGUAUUGGAGAAGUGUCACUCUAAGAGGUAAACGAUUCCAUGAAGGACAACAAUAAUCUAGAUCUCGUCCUACAUUCGAAUUAAUCGAUUGACAUAAGUGAAACUGAAGCAAAGUAGUUGGGAUUUAUACUAACGGAUAAGAGACGAAUUGUUGAUUCAUAGAUGCGAAUACAAAGUUUUCUGUUAAAAGCUCCUUUUUACCGGUUGCCAAGAAUAUUUUGACCGCUUGUAAAUUAUCCCCCAAUUCGAGAGUUCGAGUAAUCUUGUAUUUAUAUCUGAGAAUGACUGAAAAAUUCAACUAAUUUU